AUGGCUUGUGGCUCGUGCUACAAAGCACCGGGCUUCAAUGAGGGCAAGCCCUUCGCAGCUGUUACUCGGAGUUCGAAUCUGUGCCAAGAGCUGGGACAGGUCGGAUACAUCUUCUCGGACAAGACAGGAACCUUGACACAAAACGACAUGGCUUUGAGGCGUGUCUCCAUCGGCGGGCAGAAGUUUGGGACAUUCCAGAGCAGCCCGCAGGAUGAGGAUUAUGACGAUGAUGUUGGCGAUUAUGGUGAUGGCGACGAGGACAAUGACGAGCAAAACGAAGAUGAUGAGACUGGAAGUGGUGCGUUCGCCGAAAAGUCGGAUGACGCGACAUGGGACGGCUUCGACGGCGGCCGUGAGCUCCAGGCAGCAGCGAGAGGCAUGGCUAUGAAGGCGCGAGAGAUCGAUGCCUUCUUGGAAGUGCUCGUCUCGCACACGGUGAUGGUGACUAGCCGGGAGGACCUUGGUCAGUGGUUCUUCCGUGCUAUUCUGGUCGGUCUUGAUGUUUUGGGCUCGCUCAUGGUCACCGGGAACUACGAAGCCGAAAGUCCCGACGAGUUCGCACUAGUGAAGGAAGAGGCACAGAACUCACAGUCAGUUACUACAACAGCUCUGGCUCGGGAGCUCGAGCCCCUGGGUUGCAUUCCCGACAGGAAGCAGGAUCUGCAAUAUCGGGUCUUGGCCACGAAUGCCUUCAAUUCAGCACGGAAAAGAAUGUCCGUGGUGGUACAGAAAGGCAGCGAGCACCUUCUGCUAGUGAAGGGUGCCGACAAUGCCCGGCUCCCAGCUGUGAGGCCACUGGAAGCAGACCUGACCGAGUUCUCGGAACAAGGCCUCAGAACGCUCGUCCUGGGCUCGCGGAGCCUGCAGAUGACCGAGGUCUCCUCGUGGCUUGCACGCUAUGAAGAGGCCCAGCGGGCAACGACUGACCGGGACAAAAAGUUGGAGCAAGUGGCCGAAGAAAUCGAGAAGAAUCUUACCAUUCUCGGCGCGACGGCCAUUGAAGACAAGCUCCAGGAUGGGGUACCCGAGACCAUCGAGAACAUCCGCAAAGCGGGGAUCAAGCUCUGGGUCCUCACCGGCGACAAGCUAGAAACCGCACGGAACAUAGGCUUCAGCACAAGAGUGCUGACUUCUCAAAUGGACAUCAACAUACUGGAUAUGUCCGACCACGACGACAUCGGAUUUCAGCUCGCCCUCCGGCUUCCAAAGUGUUAA